CUCGGCGCAUAUACUCCAGUAAGAUCCCAGCGUGCUGACCAGAUAUAUGAAAGGAAACAUGACAGCCAAAUCUUUCCAAAAAUACGGGGUAGACCGCAACACAACUGCACAGACUGCUUCCAUUGCAGAGCUGUCCCUUACCGCACCAGAGACACCGCCAGCUCUGUGAUGAACCUCUUUUUUAGUUGCACCAUGUAGGAGAGCCGAGGCUGACAGUGAGAGUGAGCCUACAUGGGGACAGUGAUUCUCCCUUUUCUGCGCGCUGUUCUAAGCUGAGUUAUGGACCAACAUUUUGAUGUCUCUGAGUUUCUCCUCCUGUACAAUAUUAAAAGGUAAACGUUUAAUAGCAUUGAGAUAAGCACUGAGUUGUAAAUGGACACAACACAUCAUAAUGAGUGCUGGACCUGCUAGAGUUCAGUCUGUUUGCAGGUGUUUGUUUUAGACCCCUAACAAAGACUUUAACAGAAUGCAAACCUGUUUGGAGCUCAGACCGAGACAUUUGGAGUCCCUCCUACUUGGACUUGCUCCAGCUUGCAGGAAUACAUACUUUUAUUUUCUGUGGAAAGCAGUGUGUAAGCCACUCCUCCUGAGGGGUACAGAAAAGUCUUUCAGAAGAGGAAGAGGAAAAGCAAACACCAACUGCACUCCAGGACGAAAACAGCAGGUGAAUAAUUCAGUUCACUUUAAAGAUGUCGGCCACUGCAGUUUCACUCUCUAACAUGAGGAAUGGCUACACCAUUGUGACCCAAGUGAUCCCCCCACCAACAUCAACUGAACCUGGGCAAAUGAUCUACACUGUAGACCCACUUCAGAAGUUUCUGAAAGGAAAACCAAAACUAUUAGGAAGUGUUCAAAUAACCAUCGGUUUGUUGAAAGUCGUACUUGGUAUUGUGAUCAUUGUGAUGAACUUUGACAUUUCCCCUGUCUUCGGUGGAAUUGCAUUAGGGUUUGCUUGGAUGUACAUCAUCACCGGCUCUCUGGCUGUUUCAGCAAGUAUAAACCUUCAUCACUGUGUGGUGAGGGGUGCUCUGGUGAUGAAUGUGAUAAGCACAAUAACUGCAGCGAUAAACUUCGCUGUGUCAUUGGUGUUUUUGGUACUCGAGCUACAGUGUAGGACCAGCAUCUAUCCUUGUCCUGAGAGCCCAAUCAUUGAGCUUGUUGUAGUGCUGGUGAUUUGUUCCAUAAUUCAGUUCAUCAUCUCCAUCUGUGUCUCAGUCUUUGCCUGUAAAGCCGCCUGCAGCAAUGAACCUUCUGUGAACAUCUCUGUGGCUCCAAACCAAGCAGGACGUCCUGAUUACCCCAGUGAGCAGUAUCCACUGAAUGCAGUCAGUGGUGCCUCCAUGAACAGUCCACCAAUGGAAAGUCCUCCAUCAUACAGUGAGAUAAAAGAUAACUGAGACUAAAAACAUCUCCAGAUGAAACACCACAAUAAAACUAUAAAUAUUCUGCUACCAUA